AUGUCGACCCCAGAAACUCCUCAGUUUUCGCCGCCCAAUCGAGUUACGCUCUUUAAGCGUAGGGCAAACGCGAUAGCUGCCCAUGCUCAAAAAAUUGCUUCUGGCCUUACUGCCGAUAGGGUUAAGGCCGUUCCUGAGGAGGAGCUCACCCUGAAACUUGAGCUUAUAAAUAAAACCGAAGCCUCUUUCUCAUUGGCUCAUGAUUCGUUGGAGGAACUCGAUUAUGGGGAAAUUGGCAGCAAAGCGCGGGACGACUUUGAGGAUUUGGUGUUCUCCAUGAGAUCGGUGGUGCUGCAAGAGCUGGGAAAGCGCAAAUUCCAAGGAGUUCCGUGUUCAACCAUGCAUCCAGAGGUGGCCAUGGAGGCCGCUGCGCCUGCUCCAAGAAGAUCGUGCCUUCCUGAGCUUAAGUUGCCAACCUUCAGCGGCGGCUACACUGAGUAUGCCGAUUUUAUUUCAAUGUUCCUGACAAUUAUUGAUAGGAAUAGUGAUCUGGCUCCAAUUGAGAAGCUGCAGCACCUGAAAUCAUGCCUGAAAGGUCCAGCUUUAGAUGCCGUUCGUUCGCUGGAGAUCACUGACUCUAACUAUGGAGUAGCGCUGGAAUUACUUGACAAUCGCUUCAAUAAUAAACGCCUUAUUUUUCAGGCUCACAUAACAGAUAUUUUUGGUUUGUCAAAGGUGGAAAGUGCAUCAGCUGUGAAGCUGCGUGAGCUCUCCGAUAAGCUCAAUGCCAAUCUUCGAGCGCUUCAGAGUUUGGGAACCUUGGAGGAGAUCGCUGGUUGCAUUCUUGUUCAUACGCUGCUGCAAAAAGUUGACCCGACUACCCAGGCUAAAUGGGAAGAGUCUGCCUCUCUGGACAAAAUACCCACCUGCGCAGAAUUUACUAAAUUUCUGGAGAAGCGAUGCCAGAAACUGGAGAAUGUGGAGCAUGCUGCUUUAUCCAAUGGUGGCAGUGCGCAAGCUUCAAGGCCCAGGAGGUUCAGCAGUCAUGGGAGAAGUUCGUUUGUCGCCACUAGCAUCACAGCCUCGACCAGAUUGUGCGUUAUGUGCCAGGGUGCAAAUCAUGGCAUUUAUAAUUGCGCUCAAUUCUCCAGCCUUUCUCCUCAAGCUCGUCUGCGUGAAGCUAAACGGCUAGCCUUAUGCCUAAACUGCCUCAAAUCUGGACAUCAAUUGAGGAAUUGUAGUUCGGGCUCCUGUCGAGCAUGUGGAUCUAAGCAUCAUAGCCUUCUACACUUUCCCGCACCGCCUGUAACAGCGCCCCCACAACCUGCUCCACCUAACGUGCCAUCGUCGUCAAAUGCUGUUCCAAAUGUAUCGUCAAACUUCUCACUCGCUUCGUCGUCAUCGCAAUCCGCUGCUUUAGUCGCUCAGAAUCUUGAUACGGAUUGUGUUUUGCUUGCCACUGCAGUCAUCAGUGUGCAAAAUCGCUCUGGUUCGUGGGUUCCUUGCCGCGCCUUGCUCGACUCGGGAUCUCAGUUGCAUAUCAUUACUUCUCGCCUCGCACACUCGCUUCAGUUGCCGAAAGUCAAAUCCACGGCCACUGUAUCUGGACUUGGAGACUCUAAAUUUUGCUCGGAUGGUUUAAAUAUUACUCUAAAGUCUCAAGCUUCAGAUUUCGUCUCCAGUAUCUCGGCUUUGGUUGCGCCUGCCAUCACGGACGACCAGCCUAGCUUCACCGUCAGCCCAGAGGACUGGAACAUACCUUCCAACAUUCGCCUGGCCGAUCCACAGUUCUUCAGAUCACAAAGAAUUGACUUAUUAAUUGGAGCAAGUCUAUUCUUUGAGCUGCUAUGCGUUGGCCAAAUUAAGUUGUCUGAUGGGCUCCCGUUGUUGCAAAAAUCUCGAUUGGGAUGGGUUGUCACUGGCGGAGGAUCAGCGCCACGCCAGUCAGCGGCCUUGGCGGUCCAAGCUACUGCAGGGACGUUAGUCGGAGAUGACGCUCGUCUGGAGAGCGUUGUGCGGAAGUUUUGGGAAGUUGAAAACGUUGGAGAGUCUGGAUCUCAACGUACCAAAGAGGAACUCGAUUGUGAAGCUCAUUUCAACGCCAACUUUACUCGGCUGCCGUCAGGAGAAUACUCGGUUCGCCUGCCAACCAAGCAUAGUGUUGAAAUCCUGGGAGAUUCAUAUCAACAAGCUUAUCGUCGUUUCGUUAACCUGGAGAACAAACUGGAUCGUCAUCCUCAUCUCAAAGCUCAGUACUCGGCAUUUAUUCGUGAGUACCUCGAUCUGAAUCAUAUGUCUCUUGUGGAUUUAGACUCACGGAAUUUAUGCAAGUUUUAUUUGCCGCAUCACUGCGUCAUUAAAGAGGAUAGCACAACUACGAAGCUGCGUGUUGUCUUUGAUGGGUCUGCCAAAUCAUCGUCUGGAUACUCAUUGAAUGAGUUGCUCAUGGCAGGGCCCACCUUGCAGCCGAGAUUGUUCAACACAUUGUUGCAGUUUCGCACAUUUCCUGUCGCCCUAACCGGCGAUAUUUGCAAAAUGUAUAGAUGCGUUCGGAUUGCUGAGCCGGAUAGUUACUUGCAGUGCAUUUUGUGGCGUGAUUCACGGCAAGAGGAAAUUCGUGUUUAUAGGCUGGACACUGUCACCUAUGGAACUAAACCUGCCUCGUUUCUGUCAGUUCGAGCCAUGCAUCAGUUGGCAGAAGAUGAGAAGGCAUCGUUUCCCCUUGGCGCCAAAAUACUUUUGCGAGACUUCUACGUGGAUGAUCUCAUCACAGGAGGCAACUCGACACAAGACGUCUUGGAGAUCAUGCGGCAGACCACUGGACUUCUCGAAAGGGGCAAUUUCAAGUUGAGAAAAUGGUGCUCAAACGAUCCUGCUUUGCUGCAGCAAAUCCCAGAGGCCGAAAGGGAUUCAUUCUUGAAGUUCGACGAUGGCAGCGACAUUACAAAAACGCUUGGACUUGCUUGGGAUUCGUCGUCGGACGUUUUGCUGUUCUCCACAUCGCCAAUGAAAAUUAUUGCCAAACCAACCAAGCGCUCAGUCUUGUCUACGAUCGCUUGCUUUUAUGAUCCUCUAGGUCUUAUUUGUCCUGUAAUUACUAAAGCCAAAAUAUUUUUACAGAAGAUCUGGAGAGAGAGACUCGACUGGGACGAAAGCUUGCCUGCAGCGCUUAAUUCAUCGUGGCUAAGUUUGUCGGCCAAUAUUUGUGAGACGCAAAAGCUCCAGUUUCCUCGACUAGCACUGAACCCAAACAACGUGAUCGAAGUCCACGGAUUCAGUGAUGCCAGUAUUGACGCAUACGGAGGCUGCAUUUACGUCGUGUCCAUGGAGGAUGACCGAAGGAUUGCCCAUCUCCUCUGCGCUAAAUCUCGUGUGGCGCCACUGAAGACUCUCACGGUCCCUAAGCUGGAGUUGUCUGCUGCCGUGCUGCUGGCUCAACUCAUUCAAGAAGUACAACAAAUGGGGCUAUUCUCGUGCUCCUACUACUGCUGGUCGGAUUCUGCAGUUGUUUUGUCCUGGAUUAGAGAUGAGUCGUCACGUUUUCAAAUAUUUACUGCUAACCGAAUCUCUUUAAUUCAGUCUAUUACAAUUGGAAUGGAAUGGCGCUACGUCCCUACGAGCUGCAAUCCAGCAGAUAUCCUGUCAAGAGGUGCUCUUCCCAGUGAACUGGUAGCUUCUAACCUAUGGGCUCAUGGACCUGACUAUCUUCAAAAGGAAAAAUCUCAAUGGCCAGAGUCCUGCCUUGCAUUGAAGACUCUUCCUGACCUUAAAAAGAUUGCUUUGAUUGGCAUCUCGGCAGCUGCUGAUGUAUCCUUGUACUGCAAAUUCGUCAACUCGUGGGAAAAAUUAAAGCAUGUCUUCGGCUACAUCUACAAGUUUCGCCAUCGUAUCAGGCAACCAGGUCUCACUUCGGAACAUGUUCGCUGUGGCACCCAAAUGCUCAUUCGCUCCAUUCAGAGGGUUCAUCUUAAUGACGAGUAUCAUUGCCUGCUUCGAGGACGGCCAAUAAAGGCCUCCAGCUCCAUCGCAUCGCUCUCGCCCAUUAUCGACGAACUUGGGCUUUUACGUGUUGGCGGUCGACUGAAAAACUCUGCUCUGGACUAUGAGGCACGCCAUCCACUGAUAUUACCUCGUCAGCAUCCUGUAACCCGCGCAAUAAUCCUGCAUUUUCAUCGGCGCAACUUACACUCUGGACCUCGCUCCCUGCUCGCUUCAAUCCGGCAGCAGUUUUGGCCAAUUGGUGGCCGCAAGACGGUUGCGAGUGCUGUGAGCAAAUGCAUAAUUUGUUUUCGGGCCAAGCCACAUGUUGCUGGCCACAUUAUGGCGGAUCUUCCGGAGGACCGCGUCAGCGCAUCUUACGCCUUCCAGGUGACUGGACUGGAUUUUUGUGGCCCUUUCUAUCACAAGUCGGAAGUUCGGAAUAAGGCACCCAUUAAGUGCUACGUCUGCAUUUUUAUCUGCUUUUCCACAAAGGCUGUUCACCUCGAGCUGGUCCAGGAUCUCUCCACUUCAGCGUUUCUUAGCGCAUUGAGGCGCUUUAUAUUGAUUCGUGGCAAGCCUGCCCGCAUAUGGUCGGACAAUGCGACUAAUUUUGUAGGCGCUAAGAACGAGUUGGCUGAUCUAAAGCGAUUGUUCCUGAAUGCCAGCCACCAAACCGCAAUAGAUGAAUUCUGCUUGACUGACAGUAUCGAAUGGCGAUUUAUUCCUCCUCGCUCACCCCACUUUGGAGGUCUAUGGGAGGCGGCUGUGAAGACUGCGAAGUACCACUUCUACCGAUCUGUUGGACCUGCGAUACUGCCCGCUGAUGACCUGCGCACUCUCGUUUGCCACAUCGCGGCAAUCAUUAAUUCUCGUCCUUUAGUCUCACUUUCAGAACACCCUGGCGAUCUUGAUGUGUUGACACCGGCGCACUUCUUGGGUACUGCUCCUCUGGCCUUGUUUCCUGAGCCUGACUACACUAAUUUGAACCUCAAUCGGUUGGAUCGCUGGCAGAAAAUUUCGUUUUACCAGCAACUGUUCUGGUCCCGCUGGAAAAGGGAGUACCUGACGCUCCUUCAGCAGCGCUCCAAGUGGCGCACACAGAAGACGGAUGUUCAACUCGGUGAUGUCGUUCUGGUUAAGGACGAAAACCUGCCCUCCCUCAAGUGGCCACUAGCUCGAGUGGUCAACCUCGUCGCUGGAUCCGACAAUGUGGCUCGAGUCGCUGUGCUGAAGACCGCCACUGGCCUCAUCAAUCGCGCAGUUGCUAAGCUGUGUGUGCUGCCGAAGCAGGAUGAAAGACAGCGCAAUACGGCGUGCCUUCUCGGCUUGCACGCCUACAUACAGGCGAAGGAACCUUCUGGAGCUCCACGCUCAAGCGUACCGCAGUUUACUCUGCAUCAUCCUCUGUCGGGCAACCGGAAUAUUGCCAAAGGUGAAGCGAAAACCUUUGCGACCCUGCCCGCGAAUCUGUUCGGUGGCCAGGAGCCCCGAUUACGUCAUCGGCGUGGGAUUACUUAUUUUUCCUUUCCGCGCUUCGCCAGCUGCGGCAGAGGAAGGGAGACGACAAACGCUGUGGCCAGGGACCACAAUUUUCGGCCAGAGCGUGACGAAGGCGUAGGAUCGGAGUAA